CCGGCGAGCAGUGGUCCGCCGCCGUCUGCUUCCUCCUCUGGUGCGCGGCUUCAAUCUCAGUUGCCACGGCCUAGAGCCGCGGCUCUCUGCGUGAUAUUUCCCCCCUCCUCUGGUUGCAAUUUGUCUUCAAUUUAUAGUCCAAGGAGAACCACUUGCCGUUGAAUUCUUCCCGUUGGAGCGUGUGGGCGAAUUGAAUGGAUAGACGUUGGAGAAGAUAUGCGUUGAAUGCUUCGCCGGUCGAACUUGGAGUGUUUACUUCGCUUGCCUUAAUGAAGAAGAAGUUGCGUUUCUUCUCUUUUUUCUGUCUUUCUUGUGCGAAUCAGGAGAGCAAUGGAUGUGCCAAUUAACUUGUUUUGAUGAUGGGUUUGGGCUUUGCCCCAAAUUCAAGUGCUUCCUUUCAAACUUGAACUCCGAUUUGGUCUUUUGCUAUAAGAUACUUUCCUCCACAAAUAAGAUAUCUGAUAACUU